GGGAGGGAAGGAGGGAGAGACACUUGACGCAUCGGAGGGAGUGAGCACAGCAACGCUUCACUUUCCAAUAUGCAACCUGCGAGACGCCACGCCGUCAGCUAGUACUUCUGACACACACACACACACACACACACACAAACACACACACACAGAGAGAGAGAGAAGGAGAGGCAGAGAUGGAGAUACAGUAGUGGAGCCGCACAGAACAGAACAGAACUGCACAGCGCAGCGCAGAACGGCACAGCCCGUGAAUGUAGCGCUACACAAAAGAAAGAGGAACAUUUUCUUUACGCACAAGUCAGACGGAUAUUUUUUUGGCCGGGAGCGUCGCCGCAAAUCGACAGUGAUGUCUGUGAGCAGAAUUUUGUUUAGUGAUAGAAUACGGAUUAAUCUGAGGCUGUGAAUUGUCUUGGAGACGUAACUGCUGUGAGGACAGAUUGGGAAACCAGAAAGGUGCAAAUCGGAUUCCAUACAUUUGUGAUUGAAUGUGAGACUACUUUGACCCUACAAAAGUGAAGAUGAUGUUGCUAUGGAAACUGCUGGUGCUGCAGUCACUUAUGGGGUGCCUUGCAGUGAGCAGUGUCCUGCAGAGUCCUGUCUUCACCAAGCAGCCUGGCAGCAUCGUGUAUCCUGUGGAGACCGUGGAGAAGAACAGGGAGGUGGUGUUCAGCUGUGAAGCCCAGGGAAGCCCACCACCCAUGUACCGGUGGAAACUGAAUGGCACGGAAAUCAGCCCCAAAUCUGGAUCUCACUACAGCCUUUCUGGAGGCAACCUCAGAAUCAGCCAUCUGAACAAAGACCAAGAUGCUGGAACUUAUCAGUGCCUCGCCUCCAACUCUUUUGGGACCAUCGUCAGCCGAGAGGCCAGUCUAACCUUUGCAUACUUGGAAAACUUCAAGACUCACAGAAGAAGCUCUGUGUCAGUCCGCGAAGGCCAAGGAGUGGUUCUGCUGUGCGGCCCUCCACCGCAUUCUGGAGAUCUCGUAUUUUCCUGGAUCUUUAAUGAGUACCCGACAUUUGUGAAGCAGGAUACUCGCCGAUUCAUCUCACAGGAGACAGGGAAUCUGUACAUAGCCAAAGUGGAGCCCUCAGAUGUUGGCAACUACACCUGUGUGGUGACCAACACCGUCACAAAGACCCGAGUCCAGGGUCCACCCACUCCGCUAGUGCUCCGCAGUGAUGGUGUGAUGGGUGAAUAUGAGCCAAAGAUUGAAGUUCAGUUUCCAGAGGUUGUUCAUGUUGCCAAAGGAUCCACUGUAAAGCUGGAAUGCUUCGCUCUGGGAAACCCGGUACCAUCUAUAAACUGGAGGAAAGUGGACGGUGUGCCCUUCCCCAGGAAAGUGGAUAUGAGGAAAGCCAGUGGCGUCUUGGAAAUCCCAUAUUUCCAGCAGGAGGAUGCGGGCACGUACGAGUGUGUGGCGGAGAACUCCAGGGGAAUGAACACAGUGAAAGGGAAGCUCUCUUUCUACGCCCCUCCUCAUCUCAUUGAGAAACCCCAAGAUGUCCAGAGGCUCAUUGAUGACUCGUUGGUGUGGGAGUGUAAAGCCACAGGGAAGCCAAAGCCUUCUUACAGGUGGAUGAAAAAUGGAGAGAACCUGGAGCCUGCAGAGGAGCGCAUACAGGUUGCCAACGGAGCGUUGUCAAUCAGUCGUCUGACCCUGUCCGACACAGGAAUGUACCAGUGCGUGGCUGGGAAUAAGCACGGCGAGGUCUACUCCAACGCAGAGCUCCGAGUUAUAGCUGUUGCCCCAGAUUUCUCUCACAACCAACUGAGGAGCCAGACGCUGGUGAGGGUUGGAGGAGAUGUGCUCAUUGAGUGCAAGCCCAAGAUGUCGCCUUGGGGUGUGAUCUCUUGGCGCAAGGGCAGCGAACCACUCCAAGAAAGUAACAGGGUCUCCAUCUUGGACAACGGUAACCUUCGGGUAUGGAAUGCAACCAAAUCUGAUGCAGGUCUUUACACCUGUGUGGCAAGAAACCAGUUUGGCGUGGCAAGCAGCACAGGAAGCGUCACAGUUAAAGAGCCGACUGCCAUCACCACCCUGCCAUCCACGCUGGACAUCACCGUGGGGGAGAGUGUGGUCCUACCCUGUCAAGUGAGCCACGACCCAUCCCUGGAGCUCAAGUUCACCUGGUUCUUCAACGAGCAGCUCCUCCACUUUGGGAGCCACGGUGGAUUUUUUGAAAAAGUGGGAGGUCAGCAUUCGGCAGGAGACAUUAUGAUUCGAAAUAUCCAGCUGAGGCAUGCAGGGAAGUACACGUGUGCCGUGCAAACGAAGGUGGACAGCAUUUCCAUUGCUGUCGACUUGGUUGUCAGAGGUCCCCCGGGGCCCCCUACCAGCAUCCAUGUAGAAGAAAUCACUGAUACCACAGCCUCUCUGUCCUGGAGGCCUGGUCCCGAUAAUCACAGUCCAAUUACGGCAUACACCAUCCAGGCCAGGACGCCAUUUUCCCUCGGGUGGCAGGCUGUCACCACAGUUCCUGAGGUGGUGGGGGGCCACCGGAUGACAGCUACAGUAAUAGACCUGAGCCCUUGGGUGGAGUAUGAGUUUCGAGUCCUGGCCAGCAACACCAUCGGGACCGGCGAGCCCAGCAAGCCAUCUAAACAAGCAAGGACAAAAGGGACCUCUCCGAAGGUCACACCAGCCAACGUCAGUGGAGGCGGUGGCAGUCGCUCCGAAUUAGUCAUCACAUGGGAGCCGGUUCCAGAGGAGCUACAGAAUGGGCCGGGUUUUGGCUACGUUUUGGCGUUUCGACCCCAUGGUGCCACAGGAUGGAUGCAGGCUGCCGUACCGUCUGCUGAAGCAUCCAGAUAUGUCUUUAAAAAUGAAAGUAUCCAGCCCUUCUCGCCUUUCCAUGUGAAGGUCGGUGUUUACAACAAUGAGGGGGAGGGGCCCUUUGGACCUGUUACCACCAUCUACUCUGCUGAGGAAGAGCCUGGCCGAGCUCCCACCAGGGUCCGUGCCAAGAGCCUCUCUGCAUCCGAGAUUGAAGUUUCAUGGAAAGCUUUGCCCUGGAAUGCCAGCAAAAAAAGAGUGCUGGGCUAUGAGGUGAGGUACUGGAGUAGAAGUGAAAGGGAAGACACGGCCAGUGUGCAAAAGACUGUGGGAAAUCAAACGUCUACUAUUAUCCACGGGGUGAAAGGCAGCACCACAUAUUACAUCUCAGUGAGGGCGUAUAACACUGCUGGAACGGGGCCUCCCAGCAACACGGUCAACGUUACCACCAAGAAACCACCACCCAGUCAGCCACCGGUUAAAGUGAUGUGGAACACAUCAAAUUCCAAGAUUAUAUUGAACUGGGAGCAGGUCAAAGCUCUUGAGAAUGAGUCAGAGGUUACUGGUUACAAAGUGCUGUACAAGAAGAAUCUACACAGCCACCCCAACGUCAUGGAAACCAACACAACCUCUGUAGAACUCGCCCUGCCCACUGAUGAGGAUUAUAUCAUCCAGAUAAAGCCAUUUGGAGAGGGAGGGGAAGGCAGCAGUAGCAGGCAGAUCACCAUCCCAAGGAUACCAGGCCCCAACGCAGUCGGCUCAGCAUCCAAGGUCUCCACUCUGUCAGCCCUCAGUACAAUAGCACUGUCUUUCACAGCGCGGACAUCUUUAUGACAAACAGCUCCCAGCAGACGUUGCAUCUGAUGUGGAGACAGCUCUACGGCGGAACGCAAACACAGCCCACUCUGGUGUAACUAGAUCCAUUCAUUUAGAUUUUAGAGGCAGAAGGAAGAAAUAAAAAAAAUACGCCAUUGAGAUGACAGGGAAGGAGCCCCCUUCAGCACCCAGGCUAAGUAAAGGAGAUUGAGCGAUGUCGUGACUAUGUUGUUACCAAAGCAGCUUUCAUAAGAAAAAAGAAAGAAAAAAGAAAAAUGUCUUAUAUGCAUCUUUUUGUAUGACAUGUUGAGCUUUUAUAGAUUUUAUUUUUUCUUUCAUCAAUUUGAAAUCAGUCUGGGCUUACUGGAGCGAAAAACAAUUAAGUGCAUGGCAAAUAACAUCAUCAAAUGUUCCAGUCUGGAGGUUAACAAUGUGAUUUAAUAGUGAACUUGUGAUCUUCUGAAAUAAGAUAAUACUUGUAGAUCAGAGUAGUUUGUUUUCUUCAAGUGAAUGAACUAUUUACUGUUAUCUGCUACAUCCCUAUGUUUCUGUUUCUGCAAUAUUUCACAGAUGUGUUACCCAAAGGACUGCAUCGACAUGGUUGUUUGUCAUUACUGGUCAUCUUACCAAGUACUGAAGAGAGGAUUAGCAUUUAAAAUCAUCUGUCUCUAGACAGCACAUGUUAAUGCAUUACCAUAUUGGGACAGUUAUAGCAAACUGGAAAAAGUUAGCAAUCUUUAUUUUAAUUUUUUUAAUCUUAUUUUUAUAUGUCAUGAUUCUGCAGAAU